AGUUGUUGGUAUGUCGCUGAGCAGAUGAGUCAUUGUGGGUGUCAUUAUAAAGUUGCAUGUUGGCUAUAUAAACAAGAGCAGAUCAGCUGCAGACGAGCGACAGUGAUGGCCUUCAACAAGCUGAUCUGUGUGGCGGCUCUGCUGACGCUGCUGAUCAACGAGUGUGACUCACAGCUCUCCGUUUGUGGUCAACCUUCACUCAACACCAGGAUUGUUGGAGGAGAGGCAGCUCCUGCAGGCAGCUGGCCCUGGCAGGUCAGUCUGCACCUGUCCAGCCACUUCUGUGGAGGAUCUCUGAUCAACAACCAGUGGGUGCUGACUGCAGCUCACUGUGUUGGAGGGCUUAAUGGUGUGACAGUGACGGUGUAUCUGGGUCGUCAGAGUCAGGAGGGAUCCAACCCAAACGAAGUCUCUCGGACGGCAGCACAGAUAAUUUAUCACCCUAACUAUGAUUCUGUAACUUCCAACAAUGACAUUGCUCUCCUGAAGCUCUCUCUACCAGUCACCUUCACCAGUUAUAUAUCACCAGUCUGCCUGGCCGCCUCAGGCAGCAUCUUCUCCAGCGGGAUUAACUCCUGGAUCACUGGCUGGGGAAACAUUGGGAGUGGAGUCUCUCUUCCGUCUCCUCAAAACCUGAUGGAGGUGGAGGUGCCAGUUGUGGGGAACUCGCAGUGCAAGUCUAGCUAUGGGGAAAGCGCCAUUACUGACAACAUGAUAUGUGCCGGGUUGCUAGCGGGAGGGAAGGACUCCUGUCAGGGGGAUUCAGGAGGUCCGAUGGUGAGCAAGCAGGGGAACCGCUGGAUUCAAUCAGGAGUUGUAAGUUUUGGAGAAGGAUGUGCUAAGCCAAAUUUCCCAGGAGUCUACACCAGAGUAUCCCAGUAUGAGAGCUGGAUCAACAGCAUUAUCAACACCAACCAGCCGGGCUUCAUCAUCUUCACGUCCAGCAACUUAAACGUUUCCAGUACAACCUCGAACCCUACAACGCAUCCACCAACCACAACAACUCUGACAACUCCCACCUUCACCCCAUUAAUAAACAUAUCUGAAGUUUGUGGUCAACCUUCACUCAACACCAGGAUUGUUGGAGGAGAGGCAGCUCCUGCAGGCAGCUGGCCCUGGCAGGUCAGUCUGCACCUGUCCAGCCACUUCUGUGGAGGAUCUCUGGUCAACGACCAGUGGGUGCUGACUGCAGCUCACUGUGUUGGAGGGCUUGCUGGGAUCCCAUCUCUUGUGACGGUAUAUCUGGGCCGUCAGAGUCAGGAGGGAUCCAACCCAAACGAAGUUGUUCGGAAAGUAGUACAGAUCACUUCUCACCCUAACUACAGUUUUCCCAACAAUGACAUUGCCCUGCUGAAGAUGUCUGAGCCAGUGAAUUUCACCAGUUACAUCUCCCCGGUCUGCCUGGCAGCCUCAAGCAGCUCCUUCUACAGCGGGGAUCCAUCCUGGGUUACUGGCUGGGGCAACAUCGGAUUUAAUGAUCCACUUCCUUCACCAGGAAACCUUUUGGAAGUUGAGGCAGAUAUUGUGGGAAAUGGCCAAUGCAGUUGUGAUUACAGUGAAUUAGGUGACCAGAUUAAUGACAACAUGAUAUGUGCGGGGUUUCGCGAAGGAGGGAAGGGACCAUGUUUUGUAAGUCUUACCUGUUUUUAUCAGAUUCCACUUUGUGCACUGAUUUCUUCAAACAAAAUGUUUCUGGUCUUACAGGGCGAUUCUGGAGGUCCACUAGUGACCAAGCAGGGUGAUCGAUGGAUUCAGGCUGGAAUUGUGAGUUUUACUGUUGGUUGUGCCAAGCCAUAUUUCCCAGCAGUCUAUGCGAGAGUGUCCCAGUACAAUGACUGGAUCAACAGUCACAUCACCAGAAACCAGCCGGGCUUCAUUGACUUCAAAUCCAAAGGGACUGAAAGUGACCGCAAUGUUUCCUGUACACCCUCCUUCACCCAGACAACAAUAAACAUAUCUGAAGUUUGUGGUCAACCUUCACUCAACACCAGGAUUGUUGGAGGAGAGGCAGCUCCUGCAGGCAGCUGGCCCUGGCAGGUCAGUCUGCACCUGUUCAGCCACUUCUGUGGAGGAUCUCUGGUCAACGACCAGUGGGUGCUGACUGCAGCUCACUGUGUUGGAGGGCUUGCUGGGAUCCCAUCUCUUGUGACGGUAUAUCUGGGCCGUCAGAGUCAGGAGGGAUCCAACCCAAACGAAGUUGUUCGGAAAGUAGUACAGAUCACUUCUCACCCUAACUACAGUUUUCCCAACAAUGACAUUGCCCUGCUGAAGAUGUCUGAGCCAGUGAAUUUCACCAGUUACAUCUCCCCGGUCUGCCUGGCAGCCUCAAGCAGCUCCUUCUACAGCGGGGAUCCAUCCUGGGUUACUGGCUGGGGCAACAUCGGAUUUAAUGAUCCACUUCCUUCACCAGGAAACCUUUUGGAAGUUGAGGCAGAUAUUGUGGGAAAUGGCCAAUGCAGUUGUGAUUACAGUGAAUUAGGUGACCUGAUUAAUGACAACAUGAUAUGUGCGGGGUUUCGCGAAGGAGGGAAGGGACCAUGUUUUGGCGAUUCUGGAGGUCCACUAGUGACCAAGCAGGGUGAUCGAUGGAUUCAGGCUGGAAUUGUGAGUUUUACUGUUGGUUGUGCCAAGCCAUAUUUCCCAGCAGUCUAUGCGAGAGUGUCCCAGUACAAUGACUGGAUCAACAGUCACAUCACCAGAAACCAGCCGGGCUUCAUUGACUUCAAAUCCAAAGGGACUGAAAGUGACCGCAAUGUUUCCUGUACACCCUCCUUCACCCAGACAACAAUAAACAUAUCUGAAGUUUGUGGUCAACCUUCACUCAACACCAGGAUUGUUGGAGGAGAGGCAGCUCCUGCAGGCAGCUGGCCCUGGCAGGUCAGUCUGCACCUGUCCAGCCACUUCUGUGGAGGAUCUCUGGUCAACGACCAGUGGGUGCUGACUGCAGCUCACUGUGUUGGAGGGCUUGCUGGGAUCCCAUCUCUUGUGACGGUAUAUCUGGGCCGUCAGAGUCAGGAGGGAUCCAACCCAAACGAAGUUGUUCGGAAAGUAGUACAGAUCACUUCUCACCCUAACUACAGUUUUCCCAACAAUGACAUUGCCCUGCUGAAGAUGUCUGAGCCAGUGAAUUUCACCAGUUACAUCUCCCCGGUCUGCCUGGGAGCCUCAAGCAGCUCCUUCUACAGCGGGGAUCCAUCCUGGGUUACUGGCUGGGGCAACAUCGGAUUUAAUGAUCCACUUCCUUCACCAGGAAACCUUUUGGAAGUUGAGGCAGAUAUUGUGGGAAAUGGCCAAUGCAGAUGUGAUUACAGUGAAUUAGGUGACCUGAUUAAUGACAACAUGAUAUGUGCGGGGUUUCGCGAAGGAGGGAAGGGACCAUGUUUUGGCGAUUCUGGAGGUCCACUAGUGACCAAGCAGGGUGAUCGAUGGAUUCAGGCUGGAAUUGUGAGUUUUACUGUUGAUUGUGCCAAGUCAUAUUUCCCAUCAGGCUAUGCAAGAGUGUCCCAGUAUGAGAGCUGGAUCAACAGCGUUAUCAACACGAACCAGCCAGGCUUCAUCACCUUCACAUCCAACAGGACGAACAGUGACUUAAACGUUUCCUGUACAACCUCCAACCUUACAACGCAUCCACCAACCACAACAACUGAAGCUCAGCGUGUGGUCUGUGGACAGGCCCCACUGGCUUCUAGGAUUUCGGGUGGAGUGUCUGUGGCGUCGGCCGGUGAGUGGCCGUGGAUGGCCAGCUUACAGAAGAACGGCCAGCACGUGUGUGGAGGGACGCUGGUGUCUGAGAGAGACGUGCUGACCAACGCCAACUGCUUCUCAGGCUCCCCUAACGCCUCUGAGUGGAGGGUCGUGUUGGGUCGGCUAAAUCAGAACGGUGUGAACCAGUUUGAGGUGUCGUUGGAUGUGGUAAAUAUCAGCGUGAGCAACCUGACAGGAACCAACAUCGCAGUGCUGACGCUGUCGUCCCCCCCCACCCUGAACAAAUACAUUUGGCCGAUCUGCCUGGACAACGGAAGAACAUUCCCAGAGGGAGCCGUAUGCUGGGCCGCCGGCUGGAGCUCUGGAGCAGGAGGAGCAAACGAACCUCUGCAGCAGUUCCAGACAACAGUGCUAAACUGUGGGAAUGCAUCAGCAGCAGACACCAUGUGCACAGGAGACUUUACUCUGGGACAGGGCGACUCUGGUGGUCCGCUCAUGUGUAAGCAGGACGGCUCCUGGUUCCAGGCAGUGGUGCUUCCAUUUGAGAAUACCUCCAACAGAAGGAAACGAGCCAGCAUGAAGACCUUUGAAAAGCUGAGCCAUUUUCAGUCCUUCCUGACCAAGAUACUGGGACCGCUCUUGUCUCCAGCAACCGUCGUCACCGCCGUCACCACCAACAUCACCAAUGCCACAACCUCCAUCCCCACGACAACCGGUGGAGUGACAAAGCCUCACUUCUCCUCCAUCCUCUUAGGCCAUCAUCUUCUCCUCUUAGCUUUAUGCCUCCAAAUCUUCAGAUAAGCAGCAUUUACACUCUGAUUUACAAGAUAUGAAUCAGAGAAAGCAGGUGUUUUAAUUUUAGCCCAAAAUUCUCCUUGAUAACAUUCAGCUUGUUUCUGGCUUUGGUUAUUCAAUGCAGAUCUAAAGGAUCAGAACCGUUUGGCAGCGACUUUCAAGCUGAAAACAUUUUUCUUUUCAUCCACAGAAGAAACUAAAAACAUGAAGCAAAAAUAGUUUAAAGGCUAAACCUUACAUGGUUGUAAAAUCAACCUUGAAAAAUCUAAAUAAAUGCAUCAGAUCUAUAAAUAUUAACCAACAGAAAUUUAGUCAAAAACAGCUAAGUUUAAUCUUAUCCAGUUUCUUGAAGUGUGAUUUAUCUUUACCUGAUUACUGUUACAGAUUGUAAAUCUGACUUGUUUCUGUUUCUUUAUUAAAACAAAUCAGUUCAUUCAUUUUCUAAUAUCAUGCUCACUGCCAUAAUGCUGAUUAAAAUAUGUUGAUUUUGAGGUUUAAUUUUAAAUAUAUCUGGAUAAAUUAUAAUUUUGCUGUCUUAAAAAAAUUGCUAAUAGCUUGCGGAUAGAAAAUCUAUGUACAAAACAAGCGUUGCUUCGUAUUUGUGAUGUGACACUGUGUACUAUCCAAUCCUUGAUUAAACUGGAAUAAAAUAAAUAUAUAAAAGCAAUAAAUUAAACUUAUUUUUUACAAA